GUCAUUCACUCGGCUCCUUUCAGCGUGCAGCCAAUGGAGAGUGAGGGCCUGGGAGCAGCAGGCCUUGGGUAGCGUGAUUGAUGGGCAAACAGGACGGAGGGGCUCUCGCACACGCACUCUGCCGCGCUCCGCUCCGCACCGCGGGGCUCCGGCUCCACAUCGCCGGUGGGGGCUUCGGCUCCUGGUCCUCGCGUGUCGGUGCGUGGGUGUCUCGGGCGCGGCGGUAUCUUGGGUGGGGGUGUGAGGCGCUAUUGGGAUCCGAGGGUCUCGGGGUGUGGGCUGCGUCUCCCGCGUGCACCCCGGCGAUGCGUGGCUCUGAGUGCGGGGCUGGCGUGGAGCGGUCGCGCGUGGCUCUGUCGCGGUGUCCCGAGGCGCGCAGGUGCGGAGCGAUGGGUCUGAGGGCGUAGUGCCUGCCCGGCUCCUGCGUUCUGCUGCCGCGUUUUGGGGUCUGCGCGGCUGUGCCGGGGUCCGGCGGAGGGGCCCCGGGGCUCAGCGCGCGGCUCCGCUGCCGGAGCGAGGACGGACGGCGGAGGCAUGGAGCACCUCGGGGCUCACCACCUGCACCAAGGCCAAGCCGAGCCCAUCAGCUUCGGCAUCGACCAGAUCCUCAACACGUCGGAGCCGGGAAGCUGCAUGGUGUCCCACCCGCGACUGCAGGACUCGGCGGAUUACGGCCUGGGUUGCAUCGUGGGCAGCGCCUACAACACGGUCACCGGCGGCUACGGGGCGAGCGGCGGCGGCGGGGCCGGAGCCUACGGCGGCACCUCGUGCAGUAUGGGAGCCUUGCCCGGCUCCUACAACGUGAACAUGGCGGUGAGCAUGAACGGCAACGCUUUGAGCUCGGCCGGGGGGGUGAUCCGCGUCCCGGCCCACCGCCCCGUAGCCGGCGGCGUGCACCAGCCCCUCUCCGCCGCCGUGCCGCCGGUGAACGGCAUGAACAGUCUGACGGGGCUCACCUUCCCCUGGAUGGAGAGCAACAGGCGGUACACAAAGGACAGGUUCACAGUGGCCCUCUCACCCUUCACUGUAACACGCCGUAUAGGUCACCCCUACCAGAACCGCACGCCCCCCAAGAAGAAGAAGCCGCGCACGUCCUUCACCCGCCUGCAGAUCUGUGAGCUGGAGAAGCGCUUCCACCGGCAGAAGUACCUGGCCUCUGCUGAGCGUGCAGCCCUGGCCAAGGCCCUCAAGAUGACGGACGCCCAGGUGAAGACGUGGUUCCAGAACCGGCGCACCAAGUGGAGGAGGCAGACAGCGGAGGAGCGGGAGGCCGAGAGGCAGCAAGCAAACCGCAUCCUCAUGCAGCUGCAGCAGGAGGCCUUCCAAAAAACCAUCAACCAGCCCAUCCAGGCCGACCCCAUCUGCGUGCACAACUCCUCUCUCUUCGCCCUGCAGAACCUCCAGCCCUGGUCUGACGACUCCACCAAGAUCACCAGCGUCACCACCGUCGCCUCCGCCUGCGAAUAAGGGCUGGCACCUGCGGUGUCCCCUUUGUCCCCGGGCACACGUGCAUCCCACGAAGCAUCCCUCUAUGAGGACCGAUGGGGAAGGGAAAUUUGCCCCCCAAACUCUCCCUGCCCGCAGGCCUGAGGAGCAGCAGCGGCUCGCCUCCCCCCCAGCCCUUUUGUUCUUCCGAAAGUCUCUGGUGCCGGCCUCAAACUUCCUGACACGCUGCCAGACAAAGCUGAGCCCUGACAGACGUGGCCGCGGGCGAGUGCCCAGCUGGGGGAACUUCCUCUGGGUUCUGCAGGGCUGGAGGCACCCCAUAGGACUAUAUGUAUAUAUAACGCGCGUCUAUCGGUACGCGCUUUGGACUGAUUGGAACAAAAGGACGCGGCUCCUUGGGAAGCGUGUUUGUGCAGCCAGGCACCGCGCCGGGCCCUUGGCGCUGGAGACGUUUGGGGACGCAACACAUGGAGAAAGCCACCCGUCUCUUGGCCUCCCAGCAGCAAUUUGUGCUGGCGGCAGCAGGCAGCCCUUCGGACCUCACCUAGCGGCGUCUCCUCCCCUUUUUCAUUAAUUUUUUUCCUGCGAGGGGGGAAGCAGCGAAGGAACUGACAGCCUCCUGAGGACGGUAAAUGUGAUAUCUCAAUUGCACGAAGAGCCCAAACUGUCCCCGGCUGCCACGGCGCCGAUCAGCCCGAGCUUUAAUAACCAGGAGAGCCCGGCGGCGCUGGGCAGGGGUGCUGCUGCUCCGUUCCAUGGGUUAUUUCCAUAUCAUUUGCAAAGCGCGGCCCCACGGGUUGCUCUACCCGCGUCCCUUGAUGAGGCAGGAGGUUUGCGAGGGUGAAAAUGGAUUUCACUUCCGACUUUGUUGUUUCUUUAAUUGUUCUGAGGGAAUGAGACACAAUUAAGCACUUCCUAUAGCAAACGCCGGGAAUAUAUAGAUAUUAUAUAUACAGUAUAUAUUUUUCAGUUACUUAUAAUCUAAAACAGCACUGCCAGUUUAAACAGCUAGUACAGGCAAGCGAGCAGAAAACCUAUUUUCAGUGAGAUUUUUUUAAGGCUUUUUUUUUUUUAAGUUAUGCACUUAUAAGGUGUUUUCUGUGUAUUCAUUUUAUAAAGUGCUUGUGUAAUUUAUGUGGAAACGAGAAAUAAAAGAUAAAAAAAAAAAGAAGGUCUCCGGGGUACUGAAUAAAUCAUGGAAUGCUUUGCUCUUCCCUAUUAGAUCCCGGAGAGGAGAUGUGGAUCGGAGCUGGCGCGGGAGGCUCGGCUGCUUAAGAUGAAAAUAGAGUUAGUGCUUUUUCCGCUCGGCUUUGCUCAAGCCUGCUGGGUUUGGAAGCUGUGGGUGGGUUUAACUCCCCAUCGCAGAGCUGUGUGUAGGCUCUGGCUGUGCAGGUAGCGCCUGUGUUAAGUGCAGGAACGGCGGGGCUCUGCCUUCGGUGCGGGUGGGGAAAUUCCCCGAGCGGCACACGCAGCAUUGGGGCCGGCUGUUAGCAGAGGGACUGUGCAGAAAGCGGGGCUGAAGGGAAGGAAACCUCCAGCAGCAGCGUGGGGAAUGAUACCCCGAUGAGGAAUUACUCUGUGUUCCGUCCGUGCUCAGCCUUGCUCUGGGAUAUCACCCUGGGCAGGAGGAGGCAGACCCUACGGGUGGGAAAGUUCCACUCUGCUUCCCCCAAGGGAGACCCCCAGGGAUGUGGCCUUGGCUCCAGCCCGGCCCUUCCCUUAGCGCUGGGGCUGUGUGAGGAUUGUGACCCGGCUGGCUCCAGCUCCUGGCCCAAGAGAUGCCACCACACCGUUCAGGGCUCGGUCCUGGGGUGGGCAGUGCUGCUCGGGGAGGUUGGGAAGAGAGAGUACGAAUAAGCCACUUAAUGGGGCUUGGUUUUGUUUUCCCCAAACUAAGUAUUGCAGGAUCGGGUUCAGUACUUGUGGUCUUUCAGGGUUUCCCCGGCCUGCAGCCCAGCACAAAAAUGAGCGCAGAGAGAAACAUCCGCAGAGGCGGAAAGACUAAAAGCCAAAAGAAGAGGGGGAAAAAAAAAAAGAAGA